AUGUCUCUACCGUCUCUUGCCACUUUUGCAUCUGUGCCAAGCCCGUCUUCGCAGCCCACGGGACCGGUUCUGCCCCCUCCAGCUGGUCCUUAUCACCCUGCGAAUCAACCUGGCGGACACUCUCUUCCCGGACUGGCGGAGCUGAGCCAGGGCCAUGCUGGUCCGCAUCAGCCUCCCGCUUACGGCCAACACCCUGCGGCUCCCGGUCAUAAUGCUGGUCACUCGCUCCCGGGUAUCGGGCAAGCGAUGCAACAUCCCUCGCCCCAGUCCAUCAACCGGGAACGCGAGCGGGACUCCAGAGAACGCGAGCUGAUGGAGAGACAGCGCCAGGAGGAGAUGGCCCACAGAGAGCGCGAACAACGUGAACGCGAACAGAUCGAGAGACAGCAGCUGGAGCGACAACGUGAACAGCAGCACCACCCGGUCCAGAGCCAUACAGGGUCAAUCCCUAUCCACCAGCCGGUGGCCUCGAAAGUGCCAAACUCCAUUCACGGCCCCAAUGGUCUGCUGUCGAACCUUGGGUCUAACCCGGCAAAUGGCCCGCAAGGUUCUAUGCCGACGCCUGGAGGACCUGGCGGCAUCUAUGGGCCACAGAUGCAACAUGGUGAGGGUACACCCAGGUCAUACAUGCAACAUCCAGGUGGUCCCCCGGGCCAACCCAUGAUGGGAUUCAACGGCUCUGGCCCUCAGAUUCCAGGCAAUGUGGCGGCACUUGCCCAGGGCCAGCAGCCAAUCCUCAACGUGAGUUACAGCACGCCGCGUGGAUCAGUGCUCCACAUCACGAAGCCGUGGCUUACGAUUCCUUCACAGGAUGCGCUUAGUUAUCUAGACCAGGUGAAGGUUCGCUUCGUCGACCAACCUGAUGUGUACAACAGAUUUUUGGAUAUCAUGAAAGACUUUAAGAGCCAAGCGAUCGAUACGCCCGGAGUCAUCCAACGCGUUUCUACUCUUUUCAAUGGACAUCCAGCUCUUAUCCAAGGGUUCAACACGUUCUUGCCUCCUGGAUAUCGGAUCGAGUGUGGCACAGAGGAUAAUCCAGACGCGAUUCGAGUGACCACGCCUUCGGGUACCAAUACCUUGAGCAUGCCCCGUGCUAGACACUCUCUGGAUUCCUCUGGAGAGCUUGGUCCAUCUGGUGGCAUGGGCCCUCACGGACGCGCUGAGUACUAUGACCAGUCUCGACCUGGGUGGCAACAGCCCCAGCCUCAGCAGCAGCAAGGCAAUCUUCCAGGAUCAUACUCUCCUGGGUCCCGCAUGAUGGGGCCUGGCAUGUUUGGACAGCAAGGUGCCGGCGUCGGCACCGGCAUGCUGCAAGGCUCUCAGGAUCUGACCAAGCGUGGACCGGUGGAGUUCAACCAUGCCAUUAGUUAUGUCAACAAGAUAAAGAACCGCUUUGCAAGUGCGCCUGAGAUCUACAAACAAUUCCUUGAGAUACUACAGACUUAUCAGCGCGAGUCCAAACCAAUCGGGGAUGUGUAUGCCCAGGUCACCCAGCUCUUCAAUACGGCUCCCGAUUUGUUGGAAGACUUCAAGCAAUUUCUCCCUGAAUCUGCAGCGCACGCAAAGCAGCAGGCCGCAGCUCGACAGGCAGAGGAAGCAGCUCCCAUGAGUAAUGUUCGUGGCGAGCCGAGCUAUCCCAACGCCAAUGCUCUUCCUUCUCAGACUCCGAGCCGUGACGUCAAGAUGCCCCCAUUGGGUCAGUUCAAUGUCAAGGACUCUGCAAAGGAUGGCAAGAAACGUCGGAAUGGACCAGGCGCUCCAUCUUCCAUGGGUUCUUCGAUGUCUGGUCCUUCGGCUGCGGAUGCGGCGCGCAUGGGAGAUAUGCAGGCUAGGACCUCAGCUCUUCAAGCUGGUAAUGCCAACAAGAGGGCUAAAGUCCAUCAUACGAAGCCUUCCCAGGCAGAAGUACCCGCUGUCUCUCCCACCCUCGUUCCCGCUUUACCAGAACCGAUCCAGCCGACUUUCUCCCUGACCCCAACUCAGGAGGAAUUUGCUUUCUUUGACCGCGUCAAGAAGUAUAUUGGCAACAAGCAGACAUUCAGCGAGUUCUUGAAGCUCUGCAAUCUGUAUUCCACAGAUCUCAUCGAUAGGCAUGUGCUCGUGAAACGGGCAGCUAGUUACAUUGGCUCGAACCCGGAACUGAUGGCUUGGUUCAAGCGCUUCAUGCAUGUCGACGAGCCAGAAGACAAGAUCAUUGAUGUCAAAGCGAAACAAGACUCUGGACUUGUUAAUCUGUCUCAUUGCCGGUCUCUCGGGCCUAGCUAUCGUCUGUUACCGAAACGUGAGCGCCAGAAGCCUUGUAGUGGCCGUGAUCAGCUGUGCUAUAGUGUGCUUAAUGAUGAAUGGGCUUCCCAUCCCACAUGGGCGUCGGAAGACUCUGGAUUCGUUGCCCACCGUAAAAACCAGUUUGAAGAUGCCCUGCAUCGCAUCGAAGAGGAUAGGCAUGACUAUGACCACCAUAUCGAGGCGUGCACGCGCACGAUUCAGCUUAUCGAGCCGAUUGUGCAGCAGUUCCUCGUUAUGUCGGAAGCCGAGUGCGCCGCGUUCAAGCUUCCGCCUGGCCUUGGUGGACAGAGUGAGGCAAUCUACCAGCGGGUGAUCAAAAAGAUCUACGACAGACAACGCGGGGAGAAGAUCAUCAAGGAGAUGUUCGAGCGACCAACCCAUGUUUUGCCCAUUGUUCUUUUCCGUCUCAAGCAGAAGUGUGAGGAGUGGAAAGCUAGUCAGCGUGAAUGGGAUAAAAUUUGGCGCGAGCAGAUGCAGAAGGCAUACUGGCGGAGUCUGGACCACCAGGCGAUUGCCAGCAAACAAGUGGACAAGAAGUUGUUCGUGGCGAAGCAUAUCCAUACAGAAAUCCAGAACAAAUUCGAGGAGAGUCGGAAUCUGCGCAAGAGUGGGUAUCAGACCGCCAAGCAUCAGUUUGAGUUCACCUUUGAUGAUCCUGCUGUCAUCAUUGAUGCCACGCACCUGCUACUUACUUUCAUUGACCGUAACUCUGCUGGGUUUGGCGCCGACCCACAGAAGGUCAUGACUUUCAUCAAGGACUUCGUUCCCGUGUUCUUCGGCAUGGACCGUGAUACUUUCCACGUGUAUAUGAAUGAACUUUCGAGUGGCGCAUCCCCGAUCGAUGAAGGUGACGAUGAGAGUCUGGCCGCAGAGGAGUCUUCAACGCCGCGCAGUCGGAAGGGCAUCAAUGGCAAGAAGAUUGACCUUCUCCGCGAUGUUCUCGAGCGUCGUAGUGAGAAGGUACGUCGUGGUGACAAGGAAGGCAGUACGCCAGCCAGCCGCGAUGGCACGCCUGAUGCUGUUCUGGUUCCGUCGACUCCGGUGCCUGAUCCGACCGAGCCGUUCGAUGUGGCCGAGCUGAAGUGGAUGGAGCACCCCGGGCAGGGCAAUUUCAACCAACAGCGGGAGUACAACCUGAAUGAGACGUAUGAGAAGAAGGCUCAUCACUUGUACGCCAACCUGAACAUCUACUGCUUCUUCCGCACAUUCGAGGUCCUUUACUCGCGGCUGCUGCGCAUCAAGCUGCAUGAAAAGGAUGCCCACGACGAUGUCCGUCGCGCGCUGGUGAGCAAACCGGCGCAGGAGCUCAACCUCAUUGACAAGUUCCCUACGGAGUUUUUCUACGACUGUGAUCCCAAGGCGAACCUGUACCAGCAGAUCGUGCGCAUGUGCGAAGAGGUCAUCAAGGGGGAUAUGGAACCUUCCCACUUAGAAGAGACCCUUCGUCGGUAUUACUUGCGGAGCGGGUAUCAAUUAUACAACCUGGAGAAGAUGUUUGCUGGAAUCUCCAAAUUUGCGGGGGCGAUCUUCAACGGGGACUCGAAAGACCGCAGCUCGGAUAUUAUGAACCUUUUCUUCAAGGAGCGGGACAGGGAGGAGACCACGCACAACCAGGAAAUCCAGUACCGCAAGCAAGUGGAACGGCUGGUCAAGGACGGGGACAUUUAUCGCAUUACCUACAACCCUACCACCAAGAAGACGACGCUGCAGCUGUUGACGCCCGAGGAUGCCACACUGGAGAAUGAGGAGCUGAGCCAAGAGGCGCGCUGGUCAUACUAUGUCUCUGCGUACACGAUGCGGGAUCCGACCGAGGGGGUGCCGUUCUCUCAGAUGCGCAUGCCGUUCCUGAAGCGCAACCUGCCGGCCAAGCUGGAGCAGGAGGAAGAGUACAACCGCUACUACCGACCGCUGGUGCACCAGGACGGGCUGAUCAUCCGCAUCUGCGCCAACAGUUAUCACAUUCUGUACGAGCCUGGCAGCUACGACUGGUGGUGGCGGCCGACGGCGCCGACGGAGGAAACGGCGGAGGAGGUAGCCAAGGAGGAGGCGGCGGUGAAGGAGCGACGCCGGGACCGGUUUACGGAGAAGUUUGUCAAUAACCCGCACUGGGCGCAUGGCCUGAGCAAGGAUCAAGUAGACGAAUCGAACCAGCGAUUCCGGUCUUGGAUCAAGGGCUCUGAAGGGGAGGCGGCUGCUGCUGCUACUGCUGCUGCUCCGGCGGAAGGCACCGAAACCGAGUCGAAGAACGACAAGGAAGAUACCGAGAUGCCUGAUGUCGAGCAGUCUGCAGUGGAGUCGAAAGAGCAAUGA